AUGUACAAGGGCAAAUCGCCACCGCUCACGUCCUCCUGGGCGGAGCUACCCUCUCAUUGUAACUUCACUUCCACUCUUAUACGACACCAUUCUCCCGCUUUCCAUCACACCGCCCCAUUCUCCCUCCUUCCAUCACCCCGCCCCAUUAUCCCUCCUUCCAUCACCCCGCCCCAUUCUCCCGCUUUCCAUCACCCCGCCCCAUUCUCCCGCUUUCCAUCACCCCGCCCCCUACUCCCUCCAUCCAUCAACCCGCCCCAUUCUCCCUCCUUCCAUCACCCCGCCCCAUUCUCCCGCUUUCCAUCACCCCGCCCCAUUCUCCAGCUUUCCAUCACCCCGCCCCAUUCUCCCGCGUUCCAUCACCCCGCCCCAUCCCCCUCCUUCCAUCACCCCGCCCCAUUCUCCCUCCUUCUAUCACCCCGCCCCAUUCUCCCGCUUUCCAUCACCCCGCCCCAUUCUCCCGCUUUCCAUCACCCCGCUCCAUUCUCCCGCUUUCCAUCACCCCGCCCCAUUCUCCCGCUUUCCAUCACCCGCCCCAUUCUCCCACUUUCCAUCACCCCGCCCCAUUCUCCCGCUUUCCAUCACCCUGCCCCAUUCUCCGGCUUUCCAUCACCCCGCCCCAUUCUCCCGAUUUCCAUCACCCCGCCCCAUUCUUCCGCUUUCCAUCACCCCGCCCCAUUCUCCCGCUUUCCAUCACCCCGCCCCCUUCUCCCUCCUUCCAUCAACCCGCCCCAUUCUCCCUCCUUCCGUCACCCCGCCCCAUUCUCCCGCUUUCCAUCACCCCGCCCCGUUCUCCCGCUUUCCAUCACCCCGCCCCAUUCUCCCGCGUUCCAUCACCCCGUCCCAUCUCCCUCCUUCCAUCACCCCACCCCAUUCUCCCUCCUUCCAUCACCCCGCCCCAUUCUCCCGCUUUCCAUCACCCCGCCCCAUUCUCCCGCUUUCCAUCACCCCGCCCCAUUCUCCCGCUUUCCAUCACCCGCCCCAUUCUCCCGCUUUCCAUCACCCCGCCCCAUUCUCCCGCUUUCCAUCACCCGCCCCAUUCUCCCGCUUUCCAUCACCCCGCCCCGUUCUCCCGCUUUCCAUCACCCCGCCCCGUUCUCCCUCCUUCCAUCACCCCGCCCCAUUCUCCCGCUUUCCAUCACCCCGCCCCAUUCUCCCGCUUUCCAUCACCCUGCCCCAUUCUCCCGCUUUCCAUCACCCCGCCCCAUUCUCCCGCUUUCCAUCACCCCGCUCCAUUCUCCCGCUUUCCAUCACCCCGCCCCAUUCUCCCGCUUUCUAGCACCCCGCCUCAUUCAAACUAAACCCCAUUCUCCCGCUUUCCAUCACCCGCCCCAUUCUCCCGCUUUCCAUCACCCCGCUCCAUUCUCCCGCUUUCCAUCACCCCGCCCCAUUCUCUCGCUUUCCAGCACCUCGCCCCAUUCUCCCGCUUUCCAGCACCCCGCCUCAUUCACCCUAAACCCCAUUAUCCCGCUUUCCAUCACCCGCCCCAUUCUCCCGCUUUCCAUCACCCCGCCCCAUUCUCCCGCUUUCCAUCACCCCGCCCCAUUCUCGCUCUUUCCAUUACCCCGCCCCAUUCUCCCUCUUUCCAUCACCCCGCCCCAUUCUCCCUCUUUCCAUCACCCCGCCCCAUUCUCCCGCUUUCCAUCACCCUGCCCCAUUCUCCCUCUUUCCAUCACCCCGCCCCAUUCUCCCGCUUUCCAUCACCCUGCCCCAUUCUCCCUCUUUCCAUAA